AUGAGCGACGACCAAAAAUUACCGGAAGAGGCGGGUCCCUCUGGGGUAAGACCUAGACUGCCGGCGCCAAUGGACUGGUCCUUGGUCCGAAUCACAGACAUCCGGUCUGGAUUUGAUUAUGACAAGGACAAAGAUGUCGAGGAAGAGGUCGACACCACAACGAGGCGCGAAAUUACUCCUCACACCUCUCCGGGGCGAUCUCCAGCGGGGUGUGAUCCAGUUCGCGCGCAGGAAUCAACCCAACCAAUUAAAUUGGAUGAGAUUGACAAAUCCAUUGUCAAAUCACAUCGUUUUGAGCGAGAGCUAAAAAGUUUACAGGCGAGACAAGCUGAGAAAAUUCAUAUCAUUGAGAGUGACAGUUCAGACUCGGACGUGACAUCAGUAGAUUGCAACGAACCCACCACCGGCAAUGAACAGAAAGAUUUCCCGAAUGUAACAUGUAAAACACUUGAAGCUGUAGUGUUCUGUUCAAAGGAGGAGGAGUUUCAGGAUCCCAUUGCUGGCUUCAACAAAAUAAUCCUCGAGGCCACGCAACAAUGCCUGGCAACAGAGAUGAGCGACGACCAAAAAUUACCGGAAGAGGCGGGUCCCUCUGGGGUAAGACCUAGACUGCCGGCGCCAAUGGACUGGUCCUUGGUCCGAAUCACAGACAUCCGGUCUGGAUUUGAUUAUGACAAGGACAAAGAUGUCGAGGAAGAGGUCGACACCACAACGAGGCGCGAAAUUACUCCUCACACCUCUCCGGGGCGAUCUCCAGCGGGGUGUGAUCCAGUUCGCGCGCAGGAAUCAACCCAACCAAUUAAAUUGGAUGAGAUUGACAAAUCCAUUGUCAAAUCACAUCGUUUUGAGCGAGAGCUAAAAAGUUUACAGGCGAGACAAGCUGAGAAAAUUCAUAUCAUUGAGAGUGACAGUUCAGACUCGGACGUGGGAGUCACAGAGCGAUAUUUGAUCGGUAGGUUUGAGCCUCUACAUGAUGAUGAUAUUGAUGACUUAACGAACUAUGGUGUAACGGACCGAAGUUACCCCCUGGGAGUUGUGCCCUCGCCUUCGGCAUUCUAUUUAGACAUAGCAAAAGAAACGAGAUAUGUCGCAUGCAACAGAGAUGAGCGACGACCAAAAAUUACCGGAAGAGGCGGGUCCCUCUGGGUAAGACCUAGACUGCCGGCGCCAAUGGACUGGUCCUUGGUCCGAAUCACAGACAUCCGGUCUGGAUUUGAUUAUGACAAGGACAAAGAUGUCGAGGAAGAGGUCGACACCACAACGAGGCGCGAAAUUACUCCUCACACCUCUCCGGGGCGAUCUCCAGCGGGGUGUGAUCCAGUUCGCGCGCAGGAAUCAACCCAACCAAUUAAAUUGGAUGAGAUUGACAAAUCCAUUGUCAAAUCACAUCGUUUUGAGCGAGAGCUAAAAAGUUUACAGGCGAGACAAGCUGAGAAAAUUCAUAUCAUUGAGAGUGACAGUUCAGACUCGGACGUGACAUCAGUAGAUUGCAACGAACCCACCACCGGCAAUGAACAGAAAGAUUUCCCGAAUGUAACAUGUAAAACACUUGAAGCUGUAGUGUUCUGUUCAAAGGAGGAGGAGUUUCAGGAUCCCAUUGCUGGCUUCAACAAAAUAAUCCUCGAGGCCACGCAACAAUGCCUGGCAACAGAGAUGAGCGACGACCAAAAAUUACCGGAAGAGGCGGGUCCCUCUGGGGUAAGACCUAGACUGCCGGCGCCAAUGGACUGGUCCUUGGUCCGAAUCACAGACAUCCGGUCUGGAUUUGAUUAUGACAAGGACAAAGAUGUCGAGGAAGAGGUCGACACCACAACGAGGCGCGAAAUUACUCCUCACACCUCUCCGGGGCGAUCUCCAGCGGGGUGUGAUCCAGUUCGCGCGCAGGAAUCAACCCAACCAAUUAAAUUGGAUGAGAUUGACAAAUCCAUUGUCAAAUCACAUCGUUUUGAGCGAGAGCUAAAAAGUUUACAGGCGAGACAAGCUGAGAAAAUCAUAUCAUUGAGAGUGACAGUUCAGACUCGGACGUGGUGCUUAACCACUCUA